CAUCUCUCCGCGCGCGCCCCCGCCUUCCCGGUGAGCCUGUUUGGCGGGAAGUUGGCUUAGUUGGCCUACCUGUGGCUCAGCGGGUUCUCUGGUCCCCGCCUUGUUUCUCCCCAGAAGCUUCUCAAUCUUUCUUCGGUGAUCUCGGCAUAAGGCAUAGUACCCCUUCGCACGGAGGACGCCAUGGCUCCCAGGAAACGCCCAGAAACCCAGAAGACCCCCGAGGUGGUUGUGCGCCCCAAGAGCAAGAGGAACAGAAGCCCCCGGGAGCUGGAGCCCGAGGCCAAGAAGCUCUGUUUGAAGGGCCCCGGUCCUAGCAGAAGAUUUGACUCAGGCUGCCUUUGGGCGGGGUUGGCUAGCCUGCGGGUCCCGCCACCAUGCAGCAUCGUCAGGGCCCUCCACCAGCAUAAGCUAGGCACAGCUGCCUGGCCAUCACUACAGCAGGGUCUUCAGCAGUCCUUUUUGAACUCUCUGGCUUCUUACCGGAUAUUCCAAAAGGCUGCCCCUUUUGACAGGAGGGCCACAUCCCUGGCGUGGCACCCAACUCACCCCAGCACCCUGGCUGUGGGUUCCAAAGGGGGAGAUAUCUUGCUCUGGAACUUUGGCAUAAAGGACAAACCCACCUUCAUUAAAGGGAUUGGAGCUGGAGGGAGCAUCACUGGGCUGAAGUUUAACCCUCUCAAUACCAACCAGUUUUUCACCUCCUCAAUGGAGGGAACAACUAGGCUGCAAGACUUUAAAGGCAACACUCUCCGAGUUUUUGCCAGCUCAGGCACCUGCAACUUCUGGUUUUGCAGCCUGGAUGUGUCUGUCAAAAGCCGAGUGGUGGUCACAGGAGAUAACGUGGGUAACGUGAUCCUGCUGAACAUGGACGGCAGGGAGCUUUGGAAUCUGAGAAUGCACAAAAAGAAAGUGACCCACGUGGCCCUGAACCCGUGCUGUGAUUGGUUCCUGGCCACAGCCUCCGUAGAUCAAACAGUGAAAAUCUGGGACCUGCGCCAGGUUAGAGGGAAAUCCAGCUUCCUCUACUCGCUGCUGCACAGGCAUCCCGUCAAUGCAGCUCAUUUCAGUCCCGACGGUGCCCAGCUCCUGACCACUGACCAGAAGAGUGAGAUCCGGGUUUACUCUGCCUCCCAGUGGGACUGUCCCCCAAGCCUGAUCCCACACCCUCAUCGCCACUUCCAGCACCUGACACCCAUCAAGGCAACCUGGCAUCCUCGGUACAACCUCAUUGUCGUGGGCCGAUACCCAGAUCCUAAUUUCAAAAGUUGUACCUCCCAUGAAUUAAGGACAAUCGAUGUGUUUGAUGGAAGCUCAGGAAAGAUGAUGUAUCAGCUGUAUGACCCAGAAUCUUCUGGUAUCAUGUCGGUGAGGCUUGGGCCCUCAAAUAAUAAUGGGAGGAAGCAGGGAUUCACCCUACCUUAUUGGAUCAAAAACGACCAGAAAUUAAUCCUCAUGUGCCCUUCUCCCAGUACCUUCAUUCCCUCCUCAUGCUUAUCCCCUUGUCUCUGCAGCUCAAUGAGUUCAAUCCCAUGGGGGACACACUGGCCUCUGUGAUGGGUUAUCAUAUUCUCAUUUGGAGCCAGGAGGAAGCUGGGAAGCUGAAAUGAGAGACAUUAAUGAAGGUGGGGGCCAAGCAAGGGCUUGGAGCCCCAUGAGAACACGUUCUGCGAGAAGAGGCGGCUUUGUGUUAAAGGGCCAGAGGUAUCCGAGUCUUAGGGUUGGCGCAGGGGCACUGGGACUGGGACACGGCAUGUGCUGUUCUGGACGUAGCUCCAGAAACUCCAGAGUUGGCGCCCCAGCUGCCCCAAGGGUCCUUGCUAUAUGUAGCCUGGAGCCAAGCUUCUCUUCUUUCUCCUCUCUGACAUGCAGUGGCAGAGGAUCAGGUAGUGGUUUUCGAUUUGUGCUCACUAUUCACAUGGCCAAUAAAACCAUACCCAACUGA